AUGGCGCUCGGCACGUACAACUUUACAGUUAUGCGCAUGAUCUUUCGUCAAGAGCCCGAAGAGUCCUCCGACUGCGACAACACGGUCUUUAUCGAUGGCAACCACGAUCAGUGCGACUACACUUUCAAAACCGAGUCUUGGUUUCCCAAAGGCACCAGUGAUGCUACAAAGUCUUUACCGGACUCGCAGGAGAAAGUACGAACGCGGCUGGUAACGCUUCACGGCUUCCUGCACGCGGUCGCCUGGCAUCGAAUUGAUGUCAGCGACUCGCAUGAGAUUCGCAAUGUUGCCAACGGUCAAACACUCAGGAAAUGGAUCGAGUCGAGCUCAAAUAAAGCGUACACGUACUGA